UGUCAUGUUGAUUACAGAUGGCGCUUUUUUCAAAAGUUACGGAGAGAGUUAUCGCUAUCAAAAGCGGUGUAGGCACUCACACCCGCUUUGAGAACUCCCGACAGAACUCCCGUUAUAAUGAACACCACUUGUUGUCUGCGCGGGCAGUGCGUCGACCGCACGCCCUUCCACUCACGCGAAUGUGUCAUCUUAACACUCGAAGAAAAAUUCGCGUAUAAAAGUGUGUCGCACUAAUAAAUCAAAUUUAUUUAUUUUAGUUCAAUUACAGCUGUUUCAUUUACAAAAUGUGUUCAAGAAAUAUUUUAGCAUUAUAUAUUAAUUUGGCACUUCUCACAUAUUACGUGGUAGCAGAAUGUGGACCUCGAUUAAAAUUUGCUUGGGGUGACGCGCUUCAAGGAACCGACUGUCCUGGUCCCGAUGGAGCUCCAUAUCCCAGGCAUUUGGUGAAUCGGGCCCUGAAGUCCGGCCCUUGGAGCCAGUCGUCCCGACAAGGCAGAGUUGCGAGGACGGUAGAUCCGCGCGACAUGCAGAGGGCGUUACUUGAAGCACAUAGCAUAUAUUCUGAAGGAGCCGUGAGGCCACCAAGUAAUAACAGGACUGCACGCGCUAUGAACCUCCCCGGCAUGGCUCCGGCAGCGAACACGUGCGGCGGUGGUCGGCUCUGCAGGACCAGGUUCAACACAACAGCGCCAUUGUACGGAGUGUCGCUGACGUCAGGCCAGCCGGUCACGAUAGUACAGAAGUUCCCUGAUCUACUACAGCAAGUUGUGUACGAAGUUUGCGAAUCAAGUGAGUGUUCAGUAGUGCGAGGCACGUGCACGCAGACGUACGUGCCGUAUCUGUUCCUCGUGCUGCCGCUCGGACCCGUCACGCUCACCGGGCAGGACUACGUGCUGGUGGAGUCAGGCUGCGCCUGCAGGCCCGACCCUAUGUCCUAGGAAUUAAGGCUCAACUUCCAAUGUCUUCAGUUUAUGGGACCAAAGUCAACGCUCUUGAUUGAGAUGUCAUAUGGGUAUUAUACAGAAAGAUUUUUUAUUUUGAUAAAAUCACCAUCGAAAUAUUUAUUAGUUUUUGAUUAACUGGAAAAAUCUAUUUUAUGUAGUAAUUAUAUCUAUAUAGUGUAUUAUCAUAGCAACCUUUUUUGACCGGAUUAUAGUAAUCAGUCACAAAAAUAAAAUUAAAAGCACUAUAAAUUAUAUUCACUUCACAGUUUUAUACACAAAAUAUACUUAUUCUUACAGUAUUACCAUUUUGAAAUAAUUCAUAGAUAUUCUAAAUAUCUUACGGAUUAAAAAAAAUAUAUAUUUUUCGAAUCUUGUGAAGCCUGUCUAACUCAUAUUUUGUUUUAAAACUUUUUAGUUUUGUUAUUCUUAGGACGUUAUGUACCUAAAAAUAUAGUUAAGCAUUUAAAACAACGAAUUUUAAUCAACUAAAAUUGGUCCCAUACUUUUAAGCCAAUGUUAAAAUAUGUGCAUUUAUUAGUUUAAUUUUCUUAAUUUAUCUUCAAAGGACUCCGUUUCACAGUAUUUGAUCACUAAAUUUAAUAAUUGGUAAUGGAUAUUUGUAAUAAAAACAACUGUAAAAUUGCCGAAGAAUAAAUAACGAAAUUAUGAAAAUUUUUCGACCAUUUUGCGGUUUAAUAUUUUAAUAUAGACUGAGUUUAUUAUUGUUAAUUAUAUUAUAGAUAUUUAUUUCUACCGUCGAUGAAUAUCAAACUCGAAAUGACGAAAAAUUAAACUAGUGCCAAUCUAGGUAUCGACUCUUAUUGUUAUAUUAAAAUUAAACUAUUUUACGGAUUUUAUCGCGUAUUUUUAUAUUAUAAACUUCUCCCGACGUUGCGAAGAUUUUGCAGCCUUCAUGGUCACGGGAUGGAUUGAAGUGUUGGUCGUCCGAAAAGUCAGUUUUAUCGACCCACAUUUGAAUAUUAUACAAAAUUUAAAUUAUCUAUACUAAUAUAAGAUUUGAAAUUUCUUUCUUUGAACGCGCUAGUCUCAGGAACUAUUAAACUGAUUUAGAUUUUUUCCACUAAUGUAAAUCUACAUUACUCCUGAGUGCUACAGGCUACUUUUUAUCCCGGGAAAUCUUUUAUCCUCGGGCGGAGCCGCAUGUAAAGGCUAGUUACACAUAAGGCAAAAGAUUUGCUAUGAGAAAUUAAUCAUAAAUGUAAGUGAUAGUGAAGACUCUACCAAUACUGUAGCUCAGGUAUUAUAUCUAAGGUCAAUGUUUGUUAUUCACUGCAGAGUUUUGUUUAGCUUUCUAUAGUUCGAUUUGUAAUAUUUCUUGCUAAGUACUAGUACUCAAAGUGUAACACUUUUUUGUGAUGUGUAUGAAGUUAAUGACUUCUUAUGUUUACGCGAACGCUAGACAUUAAAAUUAAACAAUUUUUAGGAUUUUAUCCAGGUUUUUAUAUUUAAAUUUUCUCCGAAGUUUCGAAGACUGCAGCCUUCGUGGUCACGGGGCGAAAGUUUAAUUUAGAUAGUUUUGGGGAUAGUUUAAUUUUAAUGUAUGAAGUUAGCUUCAACUGUGCGUAUAACUAAACUUCAAUUUGGUAUCUGACCAGGUCCACCAGAGGGCUUUAAAAAUAUAUGAUUCUUCUAUACAACUAUAAGUGGAAAUAAACUUGGUAAUUGCUUGCAUGAUUUAUGAUUAUUAAAGAUUUUGGAAGUAACAGUUAUAAUUAAAAUAAUAAUACUAGCUUGAACCAGUUUAGUUGAUUAUCGAAGCUAAAGGUAUAAUAAUUAUUUACCGGUUUGAUAUUAAUCAACGCGAAUACUGUCUUAUAUCGGUGUAUCAGAUAUGUAUAAAUUAAUAUAAUGUUAAAUUAUAUGGAAAGCUCGUGUUACGUUAAGUUACUGUUACGAAUGAUAAUGUAUCGAACGUUAUUAAAUUAUUAUGGAAAUUA